AUGAGUGAUUCUGAUGAUGAUUUUUUGUGCUGGUUUUUGCUGGAAAACAACACCCUACUAAAGAAACGUAGAACAAAGACAUGGGUCCAUGAAUUCAAUUUAGAUCGAUCGAGAGGAGAAUUUUUUACAACUUGCGUACCUAUGCGGAAUUACCCGGUUAAGUUCAGGGAAUACCAUCGUAUGAGUAUUGAAACAUUUGAUUACAUUCUUGGAGGAAUAAGAAACGACAUAAUUGGUCAAUCAAACUUCAGGGUAUGUGUCAGUCCAGAAGAAAAACUCACCAUCACAGUACGGUAA